AUGAGCUCCAACUCAGCAGAUUGGGCAGACGUCAAUAGCACCAACGAGGGAAAUAAAGAUGCGAUCUCUUCGAAGGAUUCUGCCAACGAUGUCGACUCAGACGAGAGCUCGGAAGUCGACAUAAUCUCUAUUUCCAAUGUGGUCAACGUGACUGAGCUGCCGACGUCAACAUCAUCUCGAGCGUCAGAACAGGUUACCACCAUCCAGAAUCGACGUCGUGUCAUCUCCUGGAUGGAAGAAUAUGAAAAGCAAGUGGAGCGAAGAACAUGUUCGCGCGAGCUGUAG